GAGUCGAUCGAGUCCGUCAAACCAUGGAGCCGUCUGGAUCCGACAAGGGCUUCUUUCAGCCACCCCCCGAACUGCCUAACCAGUUCCACGACGAUGUUUGCUUCCAGAGAGCCUUACAACGUGAGUCUGAAGAGAGAUGACUCGCCGGUACUGAAACGGACAAGGGAUGGGAUAAAAGAAACUGAGGCCCAUGUUUGUCUCACAUCACUCACCACCCACAGUCUUUCUGCCCCCCGAUAUUCGAACCGCCGUAGAGCCCGAGCUCGCCCAACUGGGCGAAGAUGUCCUCUCGGACCAGAUCUUCGCCUGGAUCACCGACGCAGAACGGAACAAACCCUACCUGCGCGGCGCCGGUCGGGACGCCUUCGGCCGCCCGCGCUCUCACCUCGUCGUCGGCGAAGGGUGGCGCCGUCUCCAAGAAUUCGGCCUCUGCAACGGUUUCGUCGCUGCCGGCUACGACCAUGGUGCCGUCUCCGCAUACGGUCCUUUCGCCCGCGUCGUGCAGUUCUUCCGCCUCCACCUCUGGACCGCCUCGGCCGCCAACGUCACCUGCCCUUCUGCCAUGCAGGAUGGCGCCGCCCGCCUGCUCCAGCUCCACCUCGCCCGGAGUGACCUCGACCCCACGCGCCGCAUGGUUUUCGAGAACGCCUUUCGCCACCUCACCUCCCGUGACCCGGCCACGGCUUGGACGAGCGGCCAGUGGAUGACGGAGCGUACCGGCGGGAGCGACGUCUCGUUGACCGAGACCCUGGCACGGUACCGUCCCUCCUCCGCAGACCCGAACAACCCCCCCGGCCUAGCGAGCGCCGAAGAGGGCAUCCCGCUUGGUCCUUGGUCCGUCUCGGGCUUCAAGUGGUUCUCCAGCGCCACCGAUUCCGCCAUGACUAUCCUGCUAGCCAGGACUCCCAGAGGCAUAACGGCCUUCUUCGCUCCCAUGAGACGCCACGACCCCUCCGCCCGUUCGGAGCUCAACGGCGUGCGGAUCCAGAGACUAAAGCACAAGUUCGGCACCCAGUCGCUACCGACCGCGGAACUCGAGCUGGACGGCAUGCGCGCCUGGCUGGUAGGCGAAGACGGCCGCGGCGUCAACGAGAUCGCCACCGUCCUGACCCUGACCCGGAUCCACUCCGCCGUCGCUGCCCUCGGCUACCUCGGUCGCGGCCUCGGCGUGGCUCGGGCGUACGCCAAGGUGCGCGUCGUCGGUGCGGGCCGCGGACGCCGCCUCCCCCUAACCGAGAGCCCGCUGCACAUGCGCACCCUCGCUGCCAUGACCGCCGACUACCACGGCCUCCUCCUGCUGACCUUCUUCACAUCGUACGUCCUGGGUCUGGACGAACACCCGGCCUCGAAACAAACCCAUGGAGGGGGGAGCAUCCCGUCGGUGUUGGCCGCCUUGACCCCGGAUACCGCGUCCGUGGCGCCCCUUUUGCGCGUCCUCACCCCGCUCUGCAAGGCGUACGUCUGCAAGAACUCCGUGCCCCUGCUGUACGCCUGCAUGGAGUCCCUCGGCGGCCUCGGCUACAUGCUCAACGAAGAGACCGAGUACCUCAAUGUGGCCAGGUUGUUCCGCGAUUGCGGCGUUCUGGCCAUCUGGGAGGGCACCACCGACGUCUUGUCCACCGACUUUGUGAGGGCGCUGAAACACCCCAGAGGCGGCCGGGAGUGUCUAGACGCGCUGGAUCGUCUUAUCACUACCGGAUGGCCCAAGGACGCGGCCGAAAUGGAGAGAGGGGACCAGUCUUCGUCCUGGUGCCCUCUUACUUCAUGGCAGGCCACCAGAGCGCUUCUUGAGGCCCAUUCGCAAGAUGAGCUGAUCGGGGACGCGCGGCAGAUCCUCUGGAGUGUUGCCGAAGCCAUCAUCGCCGUCUUGCUGUACUCCGAUGUUCGACGCGAUGGUGGUGAAGCAGCACGAGACAUCUUGGACCGGUUCGUCGCACAGCGAUCUCGGCAUGCUGGAAGUAGUCCACAGGCACAGGGAUACACCGCAACGCUGCAAAGAGACAAGGCCAUUGUCUAUGGAGGUGCUGUCGCAGGAACCUCGAGAUUAUGAUCUGGCACAAAAUGUGUGGAGUGGUCAUUCCAUUGAUAUAUUAUAUUCCCGACGCAUAUACACAGUCGCGGGAGCCCAUUUUGGUUCUAUGGAGAUAAUAAUGCAUAAAUAAAUGAAUAAAUAAAUGAACACGGGCUUCACCCUCACCG